UUGGUAACUUCAUCUUGCAAAGGUCACAUGACUUAAACAUGGCGGACGACGCAAAAACAUUUGCAGCAUUGUUUAAUGGCUUGACGAAGCGGUUAUACUUUGAUGAAAAAGAUAUAACAGACGAGUUUUUAAAAAAUGAAAUCUUCCCACAAUUAAGCGACGAAGACUUCGCCGCACUAGUGACAAAAUGCUCAUCAUUAAUAAAGAGCUUGGUGUCAGCAGACAUGGACUACAACCAGUGUGAAGCGUUCCUCACAUCACAAUUAAAAAAACCUGAAGGAGCAAUAACUGAAAACCAAGCCAAUGCAAUCAGGAAGUUCUGGAAAAAUCAGAAAAACAAAAUUCAUGAAGCAGUAAUAAACAAAUCAUCAUGGGGUCACUCAUUGAAGCAUGUGUCAUGGAGAAUUGACAUUAAGUCCCAAGCCAGGCAUAUAGAAGAUAUUAACACACCUACUGCCAUAAUGGAACUUAAAAUUGGACCAAAUGCAACUGGUAGUCAGGAGUCAGACGUUGUUCGGUUUGAAAUGGAUGAAAAUAGGCUGUCAGAAGUUUUAAAGACCAUGCAGGACAUUGAACUUGAGGUCAACAGAUAUUGUGAACAGUGAACAGUAUAUCUUAUAUGUGUACAUGAGGUCAACAGAUAUAAUGAACGUUGAACACUAUAUCCUUUAUGUGUAUAUGAGGUCAACAGAUAUUGUGAACAUUGAACAGUAUAGCCUUUAUGUUUACAUUAGGUCAACAAUAUUUACAUAUAUUGUGAAUAGUGAACAGUAUAGCCUAUAUGUGAACAACAAAUAUGGUCAACAAAUAUUGUGAACAGUGAAUAGCGUAGCUUAUAUGUACAUUAUGAUACAUGUUUACACUCAUCAACUUUAUUCAUAUGCCUAGUGUUUGUGGCCAAAAUCAAUAUAACUAAAUCUUAUAAAAAAAGUUCUAUUAUCAUAUAUAUGAAUUUUUGAAAAGUGUUCACUAAUUUUCAAUUUAACUACUAUAUAUCUAUUAAAAUGUUUUUAUAUUCUCUAUUUAGAAUAUACUAUUAAAACAAUAUAAACUUA